UGGGUCUGUGUCUACGCUGGCGGUUUGCGCACCUCACAUUCCGGCUUCCAAUGGCCGAACCCUCCCACCCAAUUUCCCCGAAAAUCAUCUGAAUUUUCCAAUCAAGAGGGGCCCGGAGAUGCCGCUCUCGUUUUUCUAACAAGAGCACAAAAAAAUCGAAUCUUGAAUCCGCCGCGACACCCACCGGCAAUGGCCGACACCGCCGCGGCCAGACCCGUGAUGGCGAAGAGCCUCAGCAAGAAAGAUCUGCUGGGUGGGCUUCUGUUGGGCCGAUACGAAAUCGGGAAACUCCUGGGCCACGGGAGUUUCGCCAAGGUGUACCAAGCCCGGAACGCCAAGACCGACGAGAGCGUCGCCAUUAAAGUGAUCGACAAGGAGAAGGUUCUGAAGGUCGGCCUCAUCUCCCACAUCAAGCGGGAGAUCUCGAUUCUCCGGCGGGUCCGCCACCCCAACAUUGUCCAGCUCUACGAGGUCAUGGCCACCAAAUCCAAGAUUUUCUUUGUCAUGGAAUUCGUCAGAGGCGGCGAGCUCUUCAACAAGGUCGCCAAAGGGAGGCUGAAAGAAGACGCUGCCCGUAAGUAUUUUCAGCAGCUCAUCUCUGCCGUCGCGUUUUGCCACGCCCGCGGCGUCUACCACCGGGAUUUGAAGCCGGAAAACAUUCUGAUCGACGAGGACGGGAAUGUCAAGGUUUCUGAUUUCGGGUUGAGCACCAUUUCUGAGCAGAUCAAGCAGGACGGGCUGUGCCACACGUUCUGCGGCACGCCCGCUUAUGUUGCUCCUGAGCUAUUGGCUCGGAAGGGUUACGAUGCAGCUAAGGUGGACAUAUGGUCUUGUGGGGUAAUUUUAUUUGUGCUGAUGGCCGGUUAUUUACCAUUUCAUGAUCAAAAUGUGAUGGCAAUGUACAAGAAGAUUUACAAGGGUGAUUUUAGGUGUCCCAGAUGGUUCUCUCACGAACUGGUCCGAUUCUUGACCCGAUUGCUCGACACGAAUCCGUCAACGAGAAUGACCAUCCCGGAUAUAAUGGGCAACAAGUGGUUCAAGAAAGGGUUCAAGCAUGUCCAGUUUUACAUUGAGGAUGACAAACUGUGCAAUGUGGUUGAUGAAGCAGAGACGAACGAUUUGAUUGAUUCUUUGUCCGAUUUAUCCGAAUCGGAGUCAGAGAUAGAGAGCAGGAAGAGGCUGAACAGCUUGCCCAAGCCCACUAGUUUGAAUGCAUUUGACAUUAUUUCGUUUUCGAGGGGCUUUGAUUUGUCUGGGCUAUUCGAGGAGGGGUCCGACGGGGGGAGGUUCAUUUUAGGGGCACCUGUGUAUAUGAUUGUGAACAAACUGGAAGAGAUUGCAAAGGUGGUGAGUUUCAAAGUGAGGAAGAAAGACUUCAGGGUGAGUUUGGAAGGGUCUAAGGAGGGCGCGAAGGGGCCAUUGACAAUAGCUGCUGAGAUCUUUGAGCUGACGCCGUCUUUGAGAGUUGUCGAAGUGAGAAAGAAAGGAGGCGAUAGGGCGGAGUACGAAGAAUUUUACAACCAGGAACUCAAACCCGGCCUUCAGCGCUUGAUGUCUGAAGAUGCUUCUUCUGAUUCUCCACAUUUUCCUUCAGAUUCUGAGUAGUAUGUCCCCUCUCCCUAUGCCUUUUUUUUGUUUGUGCAUGAAUUUCUGCUUAGCCUUUGUAUAAUGCUCAAGCAAUUAGUGAUUUGCACAAAAUUUGAAAAGCAAAAUCACAUUAUAUCUGCUUCACCGGAACGGUGCUUUAUGUGGAAAAUGGUGCUGGGAAAAAGCAGAAGUUGACAUGCCAAACAUGCUAUGUGACUAGUAUCGAAACACUCUCUUUAGUAAAGAUGGUUUUGCCAUUUAAUCUUUUGGCUUCUAUGUUUUAGUAGCCAAACUGGUUCACUCAAAUAAGUACAUUGUUGACAGGAAGCUGUGUAUCUGGCUGAUGAAUGUGUUCUUCAAGGGAGAAGUGAAGCAAAACCUCCCAAGGAUCAUACACCCAGUCAGGAGGCUCAACCUG